GUUUUUAGGAAACGGAGGACACGUCAUAUCCGGCUAUUUUGUAACAGGAAGUAGUGUGAAGGUUGACCAUUGUGGAUGCUAAAAUGGGUGUUAAAAUAGAGAUGUUUCGGAUGGUGCUGUAUUUAUCAUUUCCCGUUACCAUGUUUUGGAUAUCAAACCAGGCUGAAUACUUUGAAGAAUAUAUAGUCAAGAGAAAGAGAGAAAUCUUUCCUCCCGACGAGAAAAUGCACAGAAAAGAGUUGGAGGAAUUUAAAGAAAGAAUGCGGAACCGUAAGGAGAAACGCUUAUUGAAAGAAAUGGCUUUGGAGUCACAAAACUAAGGACAAACAACAACAACAACAACAACAACCUGGAAAGAGUUUUAUUUCAUUCAGAGCAAACUGUUUUCCAUUUGGAUUUGGAUACCAUUUGGACUGGACCCCAAGCUUUUCCGAUCAACAGACGCUUUAAUAAAAUGUAUGCUGAAUUGCAAAUUAUGUUCUUGAUAUUUUGACCGUGUUGCACUUUGAAGAAUUGCUGACAUCAUUGUCCUUCAUAAUAUCUAUUUCCAUCAGAUUCGACAAUAUUGAUUUAUUCAAGUAUGCUUAAUUGUUCUUUAAUGAUUGUUUUUGAUGCUGUCUUGAUAAAGUUCAAUGUAAUACGAUUUUUCCAUGAACAUCUUUAAGAAAUGAAAAUUAAAGGAUUAUUUUGUAAAUGUAUGUCUAUGUGUUUUGGACACCACAUGUUUGAUUAGAAAGAUACUUUCUACCACUGAAGUUGGUUUUCGAUUUAUCAUUUUCGCUCACGAAAGAUGAAGCAUGUAAAUUCUCUUUAUUUUUUGGUUUGGAUCUUUCAUAUGGAUUCUAUCCACAUACUUUAACUGUGGCAUGCAUAGACAGGUAUAACUACAGAUUUCCAUCAAUUAAACGGCAGUCCUCACUAACAUUGGAUAACUAUCGCCAAUCUUUGGUCUGUGGUUUUUUAAUGUAUUUAAAUGACCUGAGAAGUCACAAAUAAAGUCUUGUGACUUAACACAACGUUAUUUGGGACAAAAAGUAUUCUGUCUCAUGCAUGUUUCGGGUGUCUUGUGGACCAACAACAAUAACAGCCUUAACAAUUUGUGUCAACAGAGUUUACUUUCUCAAUUACAAGCAAUAUAGAUAGCCUAUAUAUAUCAUGUUUGCCAUUUACCUCUGUUAAAUCCAAAUGAGGAAUGAAGGUGCUUUUUUGUGAUAAGAUGUGAUUUUAGUUUUAAAAAGCAAUUAUAAUCGAUAUGGGUUGAUAUAAUCAGUUUUAUCUUGAAAAAAUAUAAAUUAAACAAGGUUUUAAAA